CAGGUCUUCAUUUACCAAGUCAACAUGGCUGCCAUCAGGAGCGGGGUGACUCCGGGCUGCCUAGCAAGAUGUUUCCUGAGACCGACUGGAAAACCACGCCGAGGCACACAUCCCCUUUCAGACGUUUGGAGCCACCGGUUGCUGCAGAGGUCCCAUCUGCACACGGUGUUUGAGUGUCACAGUCCCGCCGUCAGGACUCUGCUGGGCCGCAGACAUCAUGGGAAGUUCCUCUGGGUGAACGCCGUGGCAGUCAGACACAACAGCUCACAGAUUCCACCUGAUAAUGGAUCAAUGGCAGCUCCAGUGGUGGAAGCUCCUGACAGUCCUCCAGUCCUGGAGUCCUCCCCUGUCUCUGACCCCGCCCCUGUUUUCACACAACCAAUCACUGAACAGAUCCCAGUUGAGACCGUUUCCAUGGCAGCAUCAGUGGCAGACAGCUCUGCUCCUCCUCCAGUCUUGGAUUUCCCCCCUGAGCUUACGUCCGCUGACCCCACCCCUGUUUUAACGCAGCCAGUCAUAGAGCAGGUGGCUGAUGCUGCACCGACCGCGGUAGAGGUCCUGCAAGCUGCGACCACAGAAGCCACUUUAGCAGAAUUGGGAUUGGCCGGUCACACGCCUGUGGGACUGAUCCAGAACUUGUUAGAGUUCAUGCACAUGGACCUCGGUUUGCCCUGGUGGGGGGCCAUCGUUGUAGGAACGGUGGUGGCUCGUAUGGUUGUGUUUCCAGUCAUGGUGAAGGGUCAGAGAGAGGCAGCCAAGCUGAACAAUGUGCUGCCUGAGAUGACCAAACUCACCAACAGGAUGAGUGAGGCCAAACAGAGUGGAAACAAAUUUGAAUUUGCCAAAGCCUACACUGACCUGAACUUAUUCCAGAAGAAACAUGAUGUGAAUCCUCUCCGUGGCUUCCUGGUUCCUAUGGUGCAGGCACCAAUCUUCAUCUCCUUCUUCAUUGCACUGAGGAAGAUGGCGUAUCUGCCGGUGCCCAGCAUGCAGACGGGAGGUCUGCUCUGGUUUCCAGACCUGACGGCAGGAGAUCCUUUUUAUAUUCUACCUUUAGCCGUCACUGGAACCAUGUUCUUCAUCCUGGAGUUGGGUGCAGAGUCUGGUGUUGACAACCCCAAUCUGAAAGCCAUGAAGACUGUGUUCAGGAUCAUGCCCUUUGUCAUCCUCCCGCUCACUAUUAACUUCCCCACGGCGGUGUUUACCUAUUGGCUGACCUCGAACUGCUUCUCCUUGGGUCAAGUCGCCCUGCUCAGACAUCCUUUAGUCAGAAAGAAGCUGAAUAUCCCAGAGAGGAUCAAACACCCCGAGUCUGCUAUGCCCAAGAAUGACGGCUUCAUUGCAAGCAUGAAGAAGGGUUGGAAUAACGCUCAGCUGGCCCAGCAGCUGGAGGAGAGAGAAAGGAGGAUCAAAAAUCAUCUGGACCUCGCUGCUAAAGGUCCACUGAGGCAGACGUUUGCCCACAACCCUCUCCAGCAGACCCCUACCGCGGCUGCAGCAUCAUCUAAAAACAAGCAAGCUCCUGGCAAAGCAAAGCCAUAUAAGGACAUAAUUGGAUAAAUAAGACUGGCUUAUAGCUCGAUAAUAUUAUGAUUUAUGUACAUAUUUAUGGAUGAAAGAGCAGACAGGUUGGGAAAGGGUUGUGACAGUGUAUGUAUUAUUCUAAUUAAAAUGUAAAAUCUGCCUCAAAACAUC